UGUGGGGAGUUCUCAAGCGUGGCCACACACGGAGGACAAGUUAUAGCACAUCGAGGUGGAGGGGGCCUCGGCCGUCAUUGAACACCUGGGCCGUUUUGCAGGCAGGCAAAGGGUUACCAGAGAACUCCUGCGGCUCAACAGCCCUCUGCUGACCGCCCAUCGUGCAAAGGGCAGGAUGCAAAGCGUGCGGGGAGACUGGGAUCUAUCAAGCCUCGAGUCGCAGAUGACUUCGGUCCGCAAACAACCCCUAAUAUUCGAGCGAGGCCGGGGACCAGGGGUGCAUGAACCGCUCUCCAGGCGGCAGAGGCCAUAGAGCAGAGGGCUCUCGGCGGUCACACCGGAAGUUCUCCGCCCCUCGGCACGGACACCUGGGCUUCCUGCCGCACAAGAGAAGCCGCCGGCACCGGGGCAAGGUGAAGACGUGGCCACGGGACGACCCCAGCCAGCCUGUGCACCUCACGGCUUUCCUGGGCUACAAGGCCGGCAUGACACACACUCUGCGGGAGGUGCAUCGGCCAGGGCUCAAAAUUUCCAAGCGGGAGGAGGUGGAGGCAGUGACGAUUGUGGAGACACCGCCUCUGGUGGUGGUGGGCGUGGUGGGCUACGUGGCCACCCCUCGAGGCCUGCGGAGUUUCAAGACCAUCUUUGCAGAACAUCUCAGUGACGAGUGCCGCCGGCGCUUCUACAGGGACUGGCACAAGAGCAAGAAGAAAGCCUUCACCAAGGCCUGCAGGAGGUGGCGCGACACCGACGGCAAGAAGCAGCUGCAGAGGGACUUUGCCGCCAUGAAGAAGUACUGCAAAGUCAUCCGGGUCAUUGUCCACACCCAGAUGAAGCUGCUGCCCUUCCGGCAGAAGAAAGCCCACAUCAUGGAGAUCCAGCUGAAUGGUGGCACUGUGGCUGAGAAGGUGGCCUGGGCUCAGGCCCGGCUGGAGAAGCAGGUGCCAGUCCAUAGCGUGUUCAGCCAGAGCGAGGUCAUUGAUGUCAUCGCCGUCACCAAGGGCAGGGGCGUCAAAGGGGUCACGAGCCGCUGGCACACCAAGAAGCUGCCUCGGAAGACCCAUAAGGGGCUGCGCAAGGUGGCCUGUAUCGGCGCCUGGCACCCUGCCCGUGUGGGCUGCUCCAUUGCCCGGGCUGGGCAGAAAGGCUACCAUCACCGAACGGAGCUCAACAAGAAGAUCUACCGCAUUGGGCGAGGGCUGCACAUGUCGGAUGGGAAGAUGGUUAAGAAUAACGCGUCCACCAGCUACGACAUGACCGACAAGUCCAUCACACCGCUGUCCCUCCUGGUGCACCACAGCCGCCGGGCCCUGGAGAACGUUGAGCUGAAGUUCAUCGACACCACCUCCAAGUUCGGCCACGGCCGCUUCCAGACAGCCCAAGAGAAGAGGAUCUUCAUGGGUCCGCAGAAGAAGCAUCUUGAGAAGGAAACGCCGGAGACCUCAGGAGACUUGUAGGCAGGAUGGGAUGGAGGGAGCCUGAAAAACGCGAUGCAACCCCUUCCUGAGCCCCCUAAUAAAAGCCAGAGGCAACUCCUCCA